UCUAGCAUGUACAAAGGCUUCCUACAAAUCCAUAUGAAAAAGAACGCCUGCCCAGCAGAGAAAUAGGGAGAAGCCUCAGAUACUGCACAAGAGAGAAUAUCCUAAUGGCCAAAAAACAUGAGAAGGUUCUCAGUUGAUUAGGCUUUGGCUAAAUGCAAAUUAAAACCACCGUGUGAUACCACCACUCAUCCAGCAUAAUGGCUAAAAUAACGAUGUACAGGACACCACCAGACUCGCGAGACUGAGGGGUGGGUGUCGCGAGACUGAAGAGUGGGCGGUGCAAAUAGUCGAGGUGUUUACUCGCCAUUUUGUGUGAGGAACGUUGACGGUACCCACCACUGGCCUGGCCUCUACCGACUGCCGCCCUGGCCGCUACCAACAUGAGCCUCCUGGAGAGUCCUCAGAGGCCUACUACUCUCGACCAUGACCCGGAAGACCCGCACCAGGGCCAGAGGUCCCGAGAGAAGAGCAAGGCAACACAGGUAAUGGCAGAUGUGUUUGAGGGCCGCUUGGAGCCAGUCGUGCUCCCACCGCCCCGGCUUCCAGAGGAGGGGGUCCCGCCCCAGGAUCCCGCAGAUAGCGGCCAUACUUUCCACAUCUUGGUCGAUGGGAGUCGCAGUCAUGGAGCCAUCAAAGCGGGACAGGAAGUGACUCUACUACCCACGGAGGGCCUAGAAGCAGCCUCUGUCUCGCUGACAACUGACGGCAGCCUCAAAAAUGGCUUUCCGGGUGAAGAGACGCGCGGCCUAGAUGGGGAGAAGGCUGUAGAAACCUGUGGUGCAGGGAGGUCGGCGUCUGAAGUGAUUGCAGAGGAGAAGGCCGAGGACGUGAAGCCUGAGGAGUGUGCCAUGCUCUCAGCCCCAGUGGAUGAGAAACCAGGAGGCGAGGAAAUGGACAUGGCGGAAGAAAACAGAGCAAUAGAUGAGGUAAACAGGGAUGUAGGGCCUGGGCCCCUGAACAUGGGUGUCCACCUGAAUCCCCUGGAGUCCAUCCAGCUGGAACUGGACUCCGUGAAUGCCGAGGCUGACAGGGCCCUCCUGCAGGUGGAGCGCAGGUUUGGGCAGAUGCAUGAAUACUACCUGGAGCAGAGGAAUGACAUCAUUCGCAAUAUCCCGGGCUUCUGGGUCACUGCUUUCCGCCACCACCCACAGCUGUCUGCCAUGAUUAGACGCCAAGAUGCCGAGAUGUUAAGCUACUUAACCAGUUUGGAAGUGAAGGAGCUCAGAUACCCUAGGACAGGCUGCAAGUUUAAGUUCUUCUUUGGAAGAAACCCUUACUUCAGAAACAAGCUGAUCGCCAAGGUCUAUGAGGUCAGAUCCUUCGGCCAAGUGGUGUCUUUUUCCACUCUAAUCAUGUGGCGCCAGGGCCAUGGACCCCAGUCCUUCAUUCAUAGGAACCGACAUGUCAUCUGCAGCUUCUUCACCUGGUUUUCAGACCACAGCCUUCCAGAGUCCGACAGGAUUGCUCAGAUUAUUAAAGAGGACCUCUGGCCAAAUCCACUGCAGUACUACCUGUUGGAUGAAGACGCCCAUAGAGCUAGACGUCGCCCAAUGAGGGAGCCAGUGGAGAUCCCCAGGCCCUUUGGGUUCCAGUCUGGUUAACCUUUGCCUUUGGAACUACUCCUGCAGAAGGUCCCCUGCCACCACGAGCUGGACCUGUGCUUGGGCAACAGCAUUAGGUAUGCCCUUUACUUUUUUUGUUCUGACUUUCCUCUACCCUCUGUUUAAACUUUCCGUUCUCUCAACCUGAAGAUUGAUACCUUGGUGGCUAUGCUGCUUCCCUUUCACCCGGUUGUUUUGCUAUUCUGCGUUGACAUCACAUGCUCCCAGCCGAUGGGUUACAUCCUUCUAAGCGAAGAGAAUGAUGCUGUAGAUUACACUGUCUUUACCUUUGUUUGGACUCUGUUCCCAGGACCUCUGGUCUGGCUCCUCCUAUUUGGAUUUCUAGCUGUGUCUAAGAACCUAUGCAGCUCACCCUGCUCUGCAUCUGACAGUACAGGCACAUGGCCUGUCGACAGUUGCUGGGCAUUAGUGAAGUCAAGGGAGAACAGCAGGGGGCAACUUGAUCUGUGUGAAUUAUGGGACUCCAUUACUUUUCCUGAGACUGUGGUCACCUAUUGCUGCCUGCUACUGGCUAUGCCCACCACCUUGGGCAGCUCCCUGCUGAGUGAACACAUCCCAGACCAUUGCCAGCUCCACUCUGUGGUUUCUAAUCAACAGGGAUCUCCACAACACUGGUGGUGGACACAGGUUUCCUGUCAGCACACAAAAGACUCCUUCCUCUUCCAAAAGACCUCUCAAUUCUUUGCCACCACCACCCUCAUCAUCCAGAAACCCUACUGUCAGACAAAUGGUUGAGGGGACAUGUCAGACCCUAUCGUCAUGGCAAGGUUAAUAUGUUGGUGUUCUUGACAAGUACCAAGCUUUCUCAGCCACAACCAGUGGAUUCAUUGAAAAUCUAGGUACCUUUAUUUUCCUACCUUCCUGAACCUAAUGAAGUGCCAGAGUGAGUGUACACUUUCUUUUCUCUCAUCUCUCAUAAAUCUCUUCUGUCUUCCUUUAAAAAAACAAAGUAGUAGUUCAGAAACAUCUGCAGAAGCAGGCUUUUUAGUUUCUUGACUCUUUGUCAUGUCCAGAAGCAGGCUGUUCUGUAAAAUAGACUGCCAGACCUCUUAUUCCCCAUUCUCCUUUCUUUUCAGCUCCUCAUCCCUCUUUAGCAGUUCCUAGAGGGUUUAAAGGAAUACAGAGCUGGAUGGAAUGAAAGGUGAUUUCUAGUUCAGAGUGGAUAGAAGAAUGAAAGAGAUUGUGAUGGGUGCUCUAAGCAGGGAAAACCGAACAAAAAGGCAGAAAUGAUUCAGGGGAAAAUCGGGCCUAGAAUUAACACUGGGUCGACUAGUUACUGAUGGGAAGAGAAGUACUUUUUUUUUUAGUAUUCACAUAGAAGAAUAGAAGAUGGUUGGAGUGUUAAAUAUGUUGCCUAGAGAAGGGUUCUUCAAAGAAACACUGUAAUUUUGGGUGUUCUCUUUCUUGUUUGCAUGUAGCCUUAUUUAUGUGGAAGAUUAAUACUGUGUUAUAAUAUUUUCUCUUUCUGUUUACUGGGAAGAUUCAGCUGUACAGAUUUUCUUUUACUUUCAAUUAGGAACAUUUGGAAUAAUAUCAGCCUUUCUUUUUUGUACAUUAUAUGGAUAUGGAUAUUCAUGACAGUUUUUAGCCUGAUCUUGUUUCUGUUAAAACCAUAUCUUUAACAUUUUAUUUUGAAUAACUUGGUCUUAUCUGACACUGAAGACUGGAAACUAUUGUGUUCAUGUAUAAAUAAAUUACAAAAAAUU